CUGAACGUUUUCCCUCAUUUGUUGGAUUCAGGUCAGAAUCUCCUCCUUCACACUUGGAGUGUGCUCCUCUAAUAAGUAUAUCGAGGCAAACUGAAAGCAUACCAGAUGCAUUUGAGUCAGAAGCCAAGCUUCAAAGGAGACCUUUGUCAUCUGAUUCUGAGUCAGAGUGUAGGUCUAUAUCACCUGUGUCUCUGACUUUCAUUUUCAAAUCAACAUUCCCUGAAUCUGUUGGUUCUCCAAAUGAAUUCAGAGUGCUCUCCCCAGAUUCUCCAAUUCCAGAGUUUAGGAAAGCACUACAGGAAUCCAUAAAUAGAUGCUGUGAGCUUAGAUCUUCUUCCCCAGAGACAGUGUCAUCAGAUUUGGAGGUGGAAAUGAAUUGGGGGGUGACGUGGUGUGAGGAACAGUGUCUAUCUCCUGACUCUGUAGCCUUAGGUAGUGAAUACAAAAAUCUUCCAGCUGAUUCUCCAGUACCUGACUUUAGACAACUUUUCUCAGUUGCUCAUGUUGAUUACAGUUGUUACAGGGCAUCAUCACCUGAAUCCAAUCAUUCAGAUUUGGAUUUUGCUCCUUUCAUUUCUCAGCUGUUUGAAGAUGAAGUUAAAGAAAGACCAAAUUCCCCAGAGUCAAAUCUGUCUUUGCAUGAAUACCAACAUUUAUUCCCAGACUCACCAAUACAUCAAUACACACACACAGAGGAAAACACAUUAAUAUGUGGCUCUGCAUCUCCUGUGUAUUCAGAUGAGGAGUUAGAGAUAGAGUUUUGUAAGUCCUGGCUUAUUGAGGAUAGAGGAGCAUCUUCUGGUUCACCAUUUGAAUCUGAAUUCAGACCAGACUCCCCCAUUCCUGAUUUUACUCAGGUGCUACAAGAGUCCUCCAAUUCACACUUAGCUUUAAGUUUUUCAUCCCUAACCUCACUAUCUUCAAAUGAAGAAACCAAUUUAGAAUUGGACAUAUCUGUGCCUUGUCUUUUUGAAGGCCGAGCAGUAACUCCUGGUUCUUCAAUAUCACAAGACGAAUUGAGGCCAGACUCGCCCAUUCCUGAAUUUACACGUAAUCGUGCUGAAAUAUGUCACAUGAAUGUAAUGUUUUCAUCUUCUGAGUCAUUGGCUUCAGACAAAAAUUUGGAGAUUGAUUUGUGUACAACUUGGCUUUUUGAAGACAGAGCGACAUCUCCUGGUUCAACAACAUCCAAAGAAGAGUUUGAUGCUCUUUCAUCAGAUUCUCCCAUUUUCACACUUACUCAAAUACCAGAAAAAUCCAUAGUUUCACUCUUUGUUUCAAGGUCUACUUCACCAGAAUCAGUGUAUUCAGAUUUGGAAAUGGAAUUAUCUUCCUCUCUGAUGAUAGAUGAUUGCCCCCUAUCACCUCUAUCCCUAACACCUCAAAGUCAAUAUGGAUUGCUUUCUCCAGAUUCACCUGUUCCUGACUUUACUUUUCUGGACUUUUCUGACAGUCAUCAUAAGAGAAGUUACAACAGGUCAUCAUCAAUUGAAUCAGAGGCUUCAGAAGUUGAAUAUGCCCCUUUAAUUUCACAGACUUUAGAUUUUGAGGACAGUGUAGAAUACUUCCCAUCAGGACAGUCAGAUGAUGAGCUUGGAUGUUUGUCUCCCAACUCUCCUUUACCUCUGUACCCCAUAGCCUUAUCUUCCAAUGUAAUGGUCAGAUACAGGUCCACUUCUCCUGAGUUUGAGUUCUUGGAGGAAGAUGUGGAGACUGAUUUGUGUAUGACUUGGUGUUUUGGAGUCCGAGCAGAAUCUCCUUGUUCAAGAAUAUCCAAAGAAGAGCUGAGACCACUUUCGCCAGAUUCACCUAUUCCCAUAUUUAGGCAACAGGACUCCAUAAUACCUAACUUGGAACUAAGGUCCACGUCACCUGAAUCAGUGUUUUCAGAUUUAGAAAUGCCGUCAGAGUUUCCAAGCUUAACUGAAAGUAGAUCUUCUUCCCCAGAAUCUUUAACAUCAAUCAGGCUUUCACCUGAUUCUCCUCUACAUGACCUGGUGCAGCCAGUGUUUGAACUACCCAAGGCAAUUUUUAGAAGUAGGUCGAUAUCCCCUGAGUCAACUUGUUCAGAGGUUGAAUAUAUUGUUUUAAGCCUGGGGUCAUUAUUGUAUGACAACAGACAAUCUUCUCCAAGUUCAGGAGGUGUUUCAUCUGGUGAUGAAAACCGGGCACAGUCUCCAGACUUGAUAAGAUCUGAUUACAAAGAAGCAGUGCGAGAACAUGUUAUAGUAAAUGUUGGCUAUAGAUCACCGUCCCCUGAGUCUGUUGACUCAGAUGUUGAGUAUGCUUUAGGUGAACUUUUGAUAACAAUGGGAUUUGGUGUUGAACAUAGGAAAGAUUCUCUUCUGUCGAUAGAGUCACAGAUUCAAGACAGGUCAUUUUCAACUGAGUCCAUACCAGAAUUCAAAUCCAUGUCACCUGGUGAAUUGAUGUCACUUACAAGCAAUAGAAGUGAAUCUCCAGAGUCAAUUGAGGAAAACACAAGAUUAUCACCAGACUCACCGCUUCCUUCUUUUACUCAGAAUGUACUUGAGACUGUAAUACAGGAAACAUACACUAGGGCUUCAUCCCCCGAGUCUCUGCUGUCAGAUACUGAAUAUUACUUGGUAUAUUAUUCAUUUGACAAAGGGCUUGAAGACAAAAGAACAGUGUCACCUCAGUCAGAAAGGUCAGAUAUUGAAUAUCCUCCUGAAUCUCCAGUAUCUGAUUUUACUCAGACAUUUGUGGAAUCUGCUGUGAUUGUAACAAGCUAUCCAUCAAUAGAAUUUUCAUAUUCUGAUGAAAUGUCACAGUUAUCAAUACCAUUUUAUGCAGAAGCGAGGACAUAUUCACCAGAAUCAUUGGAGUCAGAGAAAGAAGAGCAUUUAGCACCCAAAUCAUCACUGGUUGAAACCAGUGAUUGCACUGUUUCAAAAACAUCAGUUGAGCCUUUCCCACCUGCCACUGUACCUCAGUACAGUCUUGUUUAUGACGCUGAGCUAUGGAAGUUGAUUUCUCAGGUACGAGAUCCUCAGUAUGCAGGAGAAACCUUUAGUAGUAAAACAGCUUUCAUGCAGUUUAUUCGUAACAAAGAUACACGUGAAAGGAAUGUUACAAAUAAUCAACAGGACAAUAGAAUAAAAAACAAAAAUGACAAAGAUCGAUCAUCUUUAUUAAAACAUUCAGAAGUUACUCAUCAGUUCUCUGCUACAGAAACAAAAAGAGCAAUGAACAACACACAACUGACAGAAUCACCACGUCCAAUGAUUGAACACAUUUUAUCAGGAACAGCUCUUUACAAGCAGCUAGAGCUUGAAUCAUCAGAGACACAGUUGUGGUAUAAUCCUUUGCUAUCUACCUCAGUAUCUGACAAAGAGAGCAAUAAUCUCUACAGAUCUCCAGAAUGUCUCAGUCCAAAUUUACCGGAGGUGGAAGACACUAGAGUAUCACCCGAAUCUGCAAAAUCUGUCAGUGAAUUUGGGCCCCUCUCACCAGAUGCCACAUUACCAGAACAGAGGUUGGCAUUGUCCGAAUGUGUCAAGUAUCUCAGAACUACAUCAUCUCCUAAAUCUAAAGCUUCAGAUCUUGAUUUAUUGCAACUGAAUCCAGACUUUUUAGAAUUCAGGCCUUCAUCUCCAGAAUUUGCUCUGUCUGAGAAUCAGGAUGAGAGUCAGAGGCCUUUGUCAUCUCAGUCACUGCCUGAGUACAGACCUGUGUCUUUCCAGUUAGCCAUGUCUGACCAAAGAGCAUCAACUCCAGAAACCGUUUCAGAAUGGGUUCAGAAUAGGUCACUUUCUCCAGACUCUCCCAUCCCUCAGUUUGCUCCGAUACCGCAGGUUUACCCUGUGAGGCAUUUCAUCUUAAGCUCCUCCUCAGAUUCUGAAUCCAGUGAUUCUGCUGAUAUGUCAGAUGGAAACACUAGCCGACCCUCCUCACCUGAAUCCAUUUCAUCCAUCAAUGAGUUCAGUUGGUUAUUGCCUGAUUCGCCAGUUCCUGAAUUUAUGAGAAUUGUAUCUUCUUAUUUUAUGGAUCCUACUUCCUAUGAUAGAUCACCCUCACCUGUGUCUUUGUCAUCAGACUCUGAGUUUGUAGCCUUACCCGUUGAAUGUUGGACUGAUGAUAACCCCAGACCUCUGAGCCCUGCAAGCCUUGAAUCUGAGAAGACAUUUUGUUUUGAUGAUGAGGUCAGUUCAGAGGUUUCACCCCACAUGAGUGAUGAUGUGUCAUCAUCACUCAUUAAAUCUGCUAAAGAACAUUGCCCUCAUCUGCAACAAAUGACAGAAUCCAAGUCAAAAUUCUGGAUAUGCAAAGAAGAAAUUUUCCACAGAUCAAAAGCAGAUGAAGAUGCCAGAGAAUACUUGUCUCCAAAGCCAUCAACAGCUAAAGAUGCAAAACAAAAGGAAACAAAGACCCAACAAAAAAGUGGUGAAGAACUACAGGGCAAACCAGGCCAUCAUAGGGUUCCCCCAGACUUUCGAACAUUUGAUACCCAGAGCAACCAGUUUCCUGUCACAGCAGCAACAAAUGGUGGCAGUAAAACUACAGAGCUGUUCUUUGAUGAUAAGCCAAUCACAUCAGAUCCCAUACUCCCACCUGACCAGACUUCAUACAACACACACCGAACUGUUCCUCCUGUACUGUCUGUUCUUGAGAAAGCUUCAAGUUUAAAGUCCCAUGUGUCCAGACAGAAUCCAGACACAUGUGACUUUAUGCAAGUUCAGUCCAAUGAACCUUUUUCACCCAAGUCAGAUGAGUUUUUGCUACCAACUGAUUAUAAGACAAUAUUUUCAAGUCAACAAGCCUUGGGAGUUUCUGAAUGUGGCCAAGCAUUCUCCGAUGAUUUGAGUCCAGUGUCUCCGGUGUUUAGUGGUCCCAGCUCAGCACAAUUUGCCUCUCAAGAUACCGUCAGCGAAGAGUCAGAAGUCACCAAAGACUUUACAUUUUCUCUAGGCUUUAGGAGAGUCCUCUCUGAAUUCGAGAGAACAGCAUCAGAAUUUGAACCAAACACUACAACCAACCGACAAAAGAUAUCAAGUGAGGUUGCCAAGUCUCCACAUCCAUCAGAUUCAGAGCUAGAAUUCUUUGACUGCCAACAAGACUUUUUUGAACCAGAAGAUGUGAUGCCAGAAGAUGAGAUAACUUAUUAUUCUGAGCACUCUCCAAUAAACCCAAGAAGUAGUUCAGAUAUGGGCCUACUGAAAGUCCACCCUGAGCACACCACUCAACGUUUUCUUCAAGUAGAACCUAAAAGGCAACUGUCUUCUGGCAGUGAAAGUCUUGGUGAAUUUGCUUAUGAUUCAGAUGUUUCACGGGAGUGUUCUGCAGAGAGUGGCUUUCCCAUUUGUGAGCAGCUUCUAUCUAGAGAUCAAGCUGGGUAUUACGAUGAUGAUGACUUCCUGGGAAUGGUAAGAGGAUGAGCAUGAGCACUGGUUUCUGACUUGCCUAGUUUCAGAUUGCUGCUGCACACAAGAUGUAGAAAAAAACCUAGAUUGAUUUUAUGAAACUGAUGUGCACAAGAGCAUAAACUUAAAAGGCAAAGAUGUUUCUGCUGUGAAGAAGUAUUUGCAGUUGUUCACUUUGAUGCACAGUUGAGAUUAACAAGCUGCUCUGAAGAGUUCUACUACAUGCACCACUGUUUGCAUCAAUUGGUGUGUGCGCAUGUUGUUUCCCCCCUUAGUGUCAAAAAUGAAAACACUGAAUAGUUCAUUUCUUUCUCCCAUUUGACAUUUCAAUUCAUCAUCAUGAGCAGUAGAUAAGCUGGCUCUUAUUGCUGCAUGUUUGUUUUAGUUGAACAUUGUUGCUUUAUUGUGCCUUCUCUUCAUCUCACAUCACUUUUAUGUACAGCAUUUUGAAUUUAUUUCCCUUACAAGGACAGAAGAGUGUGAGGUUAAGAGAAAAGCCUAAGCAUGGGUUGCCUGUAGCAGUUUGUUGUAGUACUACUGUAGAACACAUGACAUUCACCCAUGCUGGUUGUGUGCUGU